UUUCUUAUAAUAACUUUCUUCAAGGUUGCUUUCAAGGCAUUAAAUGCUUCAGACUUCUGGUUCCUAUCACUGCUGUGAACAACUUGGUUAGUUUCUCUUGAACAUCAAACCACUUGAAUUCACUUCAUUUACAUCUUAUUUAUAUAACCAUGCUGAAAUUUAGAAAAAUUGGUGUAAUUCCCUUUUAAGGGGAUGGGAUGUUAAAUGCAGUAUGGAACUAAACUCUGCAUGAUAGUCCAUUAUACUUGACUCAGCUAAAGAUAAUCAACUGAUCAACAAUCAAGGUGCAGCAAAACACAAAAGGGUUUUAGGGGCGUGGUAUGCAAAGUGGUGCCACAUGUGCUUCCUCUCCUCUGUUGAAAAGCACAUUUGUGUGAAUGUUGUUGUUAAUUAGUGUGAGAUGUGUUGUGUCUUUGCCUAUGUUUUCUCAUUUUUUUGUGUCUUUUUUUGUAUGUGGAAGUGUUCACUGGCAUUAUGUGUGUGGCUGCUGAUGAUACCCUACUAUUUUACCCUGCAUAAAGUCAUGCAUGUAUCAAGCUUGCAUACAUAGACCAGCAGAGAUUGUCAGAAGACUAAUGAGAUUUUUGAGGGUCUGUUUUGACAAAGGCUGUCAUGAGCAGUUAAUACUGCGAUUUUAUUUGAGAAAUGCAAGAAAGUCAUAAGAAGUGUUCCAGGAAAGGGGAGCAAAAAGGUCAGCGUUAGAAACCACAUGCAUUGAAUUAACAAUGUCAAAACUUGAUUAUUGUGCAUGGAUCAGCAUUGAGGCUCUGGUAGAAAAGUUAGAUAGCCGUGAUGCAAAAAGAGAUCUUCACUUUAGAAGACACCAGCUGACAGAAUAUUACUGGGCCGUUCCGAAAAGAAUGAUCACGUCCUGAUUCAAGUUCAGAAUUAGCUACGGCAAACAUAGGUGGGGUAUUUCAAACAAAGUUGUGCACUUAUAUACACAGAUACGGGAACUAUGGGUUAAAGUUCAUCUGGGUUACAACACAUCAGGGAGCAGAGGGAAGAGUGCUGAUAAACUAGCUAAGCAAGCAGUACAGCAUGCAAGAGCACUGAGAACGAGGCCCCUGUGAGGAAGGCAGAAGCAAAAAUGUUAUCUGUAUGUAUAAAAGCCUCUCAGAGUAGGAACUGAUCUAGGAUCAGAUUCAUCAUUUAUUUAUGAUAAUCUUACUGACAGGAGCAGAUCCUAGACCAGCAUUCCUGCCCAAAGAGGCUUUUCGCUGUCCUAUGCUCAUGAGAGGCUGCUCCAGAGCGCCCCCGUCCAGCAGUGCUUUUUGAUGGAGAUUAUAAAGCUAUGUGCGCACAACUGAAUUGUGUGUCAGUAAUGGGAGCACCAUCAAUUAGCUGAAUUCACUCAUUAGAAGGUGUGUCUAGAUACGUUUGGACAAGUAUUAGAGUAGCUCUUUGACAGCUUUGUCCACACUAUAGUCCAGUAGGUGGAGGCAAUGCAAGCCGCCUCAGGAAGAAUAAGAAAAAUGGUCCGAUCCUAUUUCACCCUUUGACCCCACCACUUAGCCCUUAGCACUCCGUUUUGCACAUUCAUGCCGAGGGGGGGGGGGCGAUAUUUGUUGAGAUGGAGGGGUUAGGCGAAAGGUUAGGGCAACAUGACCCUCCAAAUGGAGUUUUUUCAAAGGCACACUCAAACGGAGUGUUAUGAGAAAAAAAAAGAAAAACCGGUAAGAUGGCUGCGCAAGCGACCAAAGAAAACUCACAAAUGUAAGUAUUUUCUGUUAGAAAAUUACGAUAAACAUUGUAUUGUCUUAGUUUAAUGCCCUGACUUCAACUAAAAACCAGCAGCAAGGUUGCUGAACUUUACCGCUCCUCUGCUAUCACUGCAGACUGGCAGUGCCGCCUACAGAGCACCGCUAGUAGGCUGUUAAUGAAGUAAUGUUUUUUAUUUGAAUGUUGUCCCAUUUCGUAGGGAGGAUUUCAACCACUACCCGUUGUAACUCAGUUCCAAGGGGCAAGGCGACACUCGAAGGGGUAGGGGGAAAAAUAAGAAAUGGGAUUGGGCCUAAAAUAGACCAGCAGGUGGCAGAAGUCACUUGCUGAGCUCAAUGUUUCAAUAGAAGAAGAAAAUGAUUCUGAUUGGCCGGAUAAAACUAGCGCGCUUUGCUAAUAUGGGCUAGGAUGGGAAGAGACAGCAAAAUGUCUAAAAACAUCGGGUGUGUAGGAUUCGAGACUGUAGCUGAUGUUUUUGAGUUACAUAAGCAAGAAGAGAAUGGAUGUAGCGUUUGACGCUGAGUGAUAGGAGGUUAUGGAAACGGUCAGGUGCUCCGUGAACUGCUGGGCAGAUUUUGGUGACAUACUCUCCGGAGGAGUCGCUCAUACUGGGACCGAAGUACUGUUAACUACAGGUAGCAGCGACCUGCUGGUCUUCAGUUUUCAAGAGAAAAGAGUUAAGAGCGUCUUGCAGUUUGACUCUCCAGUGUCAUCCCUGGCUGUAAGUGAAAAGAGCCGCCUCUAUGUUCUCUGCCGGAAUAAUGGCCUUUAUUGCACGAGUUUCCCACAGGAAUCCAGUUCUCAGUCAGCACAAAAGUGUGAUGCCUCCGUGUCCACAAUAUCCAGGGACUCUAUUAUUAUUGAGGAUGGGAACAUGCAAGCGUUCAUCCUAGUAGAGGGCAUCUUAGUCAUUGUCAGUCUUCAAGAGUCUUUCUGGAGUUUUGACCUCUAUAAAGUACCAAAUUGUUCAACAGGAGCCACAGUCUAUCACAAACAUGCACGUAUCCAGAUCCCUGAGAAUACAGUGGGAGCAAGAAUUGUCUCAGCUCCAGUGCUGGCCUCUGUCUACCCCAGCAAGGACUCUUCAUGUAAGGGACGUACAUGUCAAGGACAUUACCUUCUUGAGCCUCUCCUUUUCAGGCUCUUAUUUGGAGUUGAUGCAGCUCUUGUUCAUUCUCCAGUAAUUCUCUGUGGUUUACCAGAUGGGCGACUUUUCUUUUUCCCGCUUCUUCUCCCUUCAUGGAGAGAGCAAAAGCCACGAAUUAGGAUGCUCCACAGCCUGGAACAGCCUGUAACAUUCAUUGGAACUUCCGUCGUAGGAGAACAGGGGCCACAGUGUCUGGUUGCAGUUGGUCAGAUGGGUCGAAUUCUGCUGAUCAGGGCCAAUCAAGCAAGCUCUGAUGGAAAGGCAGCAGAUUGUGGUUUCAUUGAGCAGACUGUGCGGGGACCUGUGGUGUGUGCCUGUGUUGAUGGUGAACAUCUAUUCUACAGUACCUCCACAAACCUGCUAGCUCUGCCUCUGAGCAAGACUGCAGCCUCGUCAGCAUUCUCAUCCCUCAGAGCAGCAGAGGGAGAGAGAGAGGGCAUUAGGCAAGAGAGGCCUGCUCUGCUCUCUCAGAGUGCUGUUUGUCUAAGUGUUUCCCGAGUGAUUGCACUAGCUGAGCCUUCUGUCACUCCUACAGGUCGUGUGCAGCUACUAGUGUUGUCUCUCAGUGGGAGGCUUCUUCAGGUGACAGUUCCUCAGGAGUCAGAUAAAGAUUCUGUGUCUCGACUUGCUUCAUCAAAAGUGGGCCAGACAGUGAAAGACCUCCUGGCUGGUAUUGGAAAUGUUUGGGAGAGAGCAACAUCAGUGAAACUCCAACUACAGUUGAAGAACAACAUCCUGAAGCGUUUGAACCAAGUCAUCAACAUCUGCAGCCUGUUUUUGACCUAUCAGAAGAGCAGUCAAGAGGGCAAGGAUUGCAAGCCACCAAUCAGCUGUCAUGGUGUAGCAAAGUGGAGUACACUGCUACAAAAGGAAGCUUUGGUUCUCACUUGUACUUUGGAAAACUUAAGUGCUUGUGUGCUGGACCAAGGAUGGACUCUCUUCAUUGAAGUCCAGUCACCCCAUUCUCUCACUGCUGAGGGUAUUUCCAAGACUUACUCAUUUGCUUUGAAGAAAUUAGACUGUGGUCAGAAAAUGGAAGUGAGUUUACCUCUUGAGAGCAGAGAUGAGGCAUUUGUCCCAGUCAAGAUCCAGUGUUUCCUGGUCUACUCCCUACAGUCUUUACUUCACCCUGAGGAAUGCAGAAACCUCUCGGCCAGUGACAUCCCAGUGUCUCAUUUUCUUGAAGACAAAAGCUGCAUCAGUUUGACUCUGAACACUCUAACACUGGACUGGCUAGAUUGCUUAAGGAUUGGAGAGCUAGCCUCACAUAGUGGGAUUCCCAAACAUAAUAGCGUUUGGGAAGCCACCCGCAUUUUCCUGAGCUCCAGACGGAUUCACACAGAGGAGCAGCCUAUGCCAAAGGCUGAUCACCAUGUAGUAGCAAUCCGGAUAUCUUUUGAUCUCCUAAAAACAGGGCUUGGUUUCCGUGACUGCAGCAGUGCAGCACUGUGCGUUUCUGUGCUUAAUUGGCUGUUGUUUGGAAUGUUUCUGACAGAGGGACAAAAGCUUGUAGAGAGCGCAGUGGUGUGUGCCCAUGGUCCAGAUAGACAACCAGUUACACUGCUGACCAAAGAGGUUAUAUUGAGUGAUGUUAACGCUGAAGGGCUCCUGUCUGUGGUGGAGGUUCAGGUGCAGAGUUCCUCCAUGGCAGCAGUAUGCGGGCUACAUCAUGCUGUGCUGCAGCGUUUGCAGGGCCUUCUCAAAGAUGCUCCCAUGAAAUGUGCAAACCCUGGGCAGCUGAAAGGACAGCGCUUGUGUGAGGCUGUUCGGCAUGCUGAGUCUCUUUAUAAGGACCUCCAGGACUCUCAGUCUUCAGCUGCUUUUGGUGGAGUGAUGAAGACAAGGACUUCUGAGUCACUGUUUGAUCUCUACUUGCAGCUCAGGGAGAACCCACUGGUCAUUCUCUGACUUAUAGAUGGCAAGGGGAGGUUCACAGUCCAGUAACCAGUUUCUGUCUUUUAUGGCAUAUACUUGAAGGGUUAAUUUGAGCCACUAUUGGCAGGAAAAACAGUCAUUUGGAUUUUAGAAUGCCUUUUUUUAAUACAGUUCAUGAUUCUACUGUAUGUGUGGUUCUAUAAAGGUCUGUUAACAUUGCAUAUUUAAUAGAAUAAACUGACAACUCAUGCAACAUGAUUACUGCUCAUGAUCAGUAAUAAUCAUGUUAUUUAGAUCAUUUAA